CUCGCUCGCUAGGGUUUCGAUCUCUUCGUCUCCACCUCUACUUCUCCGUUCGGCGGCGAGGGAGGCGAGAAGAGAAGCGAGGAUGCCGGCCGGGCACGGGGUGAGGUCGCGCACGCGGGACCUGUUUGCGCGGCCGUUCAGAAAGAAGGGCUACAUCCCGCUGACGACGUACCUGAGGACGUACAAGAUCGGAGACUACGUGGAUGUCAAGGUGAAUGGUGCCGUCCACAAGGGCAUGCCGCACAAGUUCUAUCAUGGCCGCACCGGCAAGGUCUGGAACAUCACCAAGCGCGCCAUUGGCGUCGAGAUCAACAAGCAGGUCGGUAACCGGAUUAUUAGAAAAAGGAUUCAUGUCCGUGUGGAGCACGUUCAGCCAUCCAGGUGCUCCGAGGAGUUCUGCUUGAGGAUUAAAAAAAAUGAUCAGCUGAAAGCCGAAGCCAAGGCUCAUGGUGAGGUUAUCAGCACAAAGCGUCAACCAGAGGGUCCCAAACCCGGGUUCAUGGUUGAAGGAGCCACUCUGGAAACCGUCACUCCAAUUCCUUACGAUGUCGUUAACGAUCUCAAGGGAGGUUAUUAAGCAUUUUUAUUUAGUUUAAAAGACUUAGUUUUUGAUCGGUAUAAGAGGUUAUGUUUGUGAAGAGACUUCCAUUUGUUCUUCUUAGACAUCAUGAUAUAAUUCAGUCAUUGUGCUUAUAAAUUCUUCACACUAUC